AUGGGUGCGCACGAGUAUGCGGCCGAGGCCGCAGGCAAUCCCCACAGCUCCGUCGGCGACGGCCUCAGCUCGUCGUGGACCGCGGUCGGGCACGCCUGGGCUGGGACGAGCACCUCCUCAGAGCCCCCCGCCUCACUCUCGCCGCAAUACACGGCAGAGCCAACCUCGGUUGACGUCUCGCUGCUCAUGCAGCAGCAGCGGCAGAUGGCCGAGCGCCCCAAGCAAAUGGAGGCUAUGAUGGCAGCCCAGCAGCGCGCACACGCACUCGAGAAGGUGCGCAUGGACCUGCAGCUGGCUACGGCCGAGGCGACCACCGUGGCGAAGGGCGGCGAGGCGCCUACGCUCCGCGCCAGCGCAAACUUCCUGCAGAGCUGCAUCCACGUCCAGGCCAUGUGGCGAGGCCAGGCCGUGGCGUCGCGCUACAAGACCGAGCGGCUCAUGGCGACGGACAUUCAGGCCGCCAUGCGCAAGUGGCUCGCAACGCGGCAACUCGUUGCAGCGCGGGGAGCGGCCAUCAAGCUUUCCGCCUCUGCGCGCCGCCGCGCCGCCGUCCUCGAGCGGGCGUGGCUGCUGCGCGAGAGGUCGGCUGCACGGGUGCAGGCGGCCUUCCGAGCGUACAAGGCGCAGGUGCUCGACGCGCCUGCGGUGACCAAGUCGCGUCUCAUCGCACGGCGCCUGCAUGAGGAGAGCCUGAACCGCGGCGCGCUUCGAUUCGCCGAGCAGCCCGGCUACGUGUACCGUAUCGGCCAUCUGGGUCUGGGAUACUACCCUGACAACGAUGCGAUGAUGGCAGAGGCGGUGAGGGUAGGGCCGAUUGCGAUCUUUGGGACGGCGGGCAUCUGGCUGAUGCUCCUCCUCCUCGUGCGGCCCGACGACUGCGCCGCGCUGCCCAAGGUCGUCUUCUCCGAGGCGCCGCUCACGCGGAAGAAGAAGCUCGCCCUCGCCGCAGUCGCGGUGGCGGUCACCCUCUGGGCCUUCCUCUCCGCCCCACCUCUCAAGGCCACGUUUGGGGACCCCGCCAUCGUCGGUGUCGCCCUCGUCGCCUUUGCCUUUGGCUCGGGCUUCCUCGACAAGGCGUCGUCGAGCUCGCCGCCGUGGCGUGACGCGAUCAACUGA